AUGAAAGGAUGCAACAACUCAGUAGCUGAUAUAGUGUUUGUGGUCGAUGGAUCUGGAAGUAUAGGCUACGAUAAUUUCGAUAAAGUGAAAAUUUUCUUGAAAAAAUUCAUUGCGGCGUUGAACAUUGGGCCAGACCCGAAUUUGAAUUCUAGAAUAUCUGUGGUUCAAUUCUCUGGCAUCGUUCAAGUUGAAUUUAAAUUAAACGACUAUUCAACGCUGGAAGAAUAUCAAGCCGCAAUAGGAAACAUCGUGUAUCUAAGCCAGGGCACCCAAACUGACAAAGCAUUAGAUUAUUUAGCAACACAAUCGUUUUUGCCUAGUUCGGGAGCACGGCCAGCUGGUUAG